CAGUGUUUCACAAGGGCAGUUACAAAAUACAUAACCUUCUUAAGACCAAAAUUUCCUCCGAUUAUGAUUUUGAAUUCUUAUGGUUCUCUUCUCUAACAUUAUUAAACAGAACCCCACCAUUCUCUCUCCUCUUUCUCUCUAGUGUGAGAGGGAUGUUGGAGAAGACCAUGAAGACAUCUAGUACGAUGUUUCAGGACAAGUAUCAUAAUCAUAGCACUGGCAAAAGGGAGAGAUGUCUGAGUCUGACCUUAGGGAAGGGAGUGCCUUUUGUUUUGACCUCUCUCUUAAUGGCUUCAAUUUUUAGUUUUUUCUUCCUCUAUAAUCCAUACCCUUUAACCCUCGCACCCCAUCAAGGCCAUGACAUGCUUGAAAAUCCCUCUCCAAAGCAAGAAGAACAUGUCAUCACAACAACAACAAAGGUUUCACCUUCCAAACCACAAAAGGAACAGAAAACAUGUGACCUUUCUAAGGGUCACUGGGUACCAGCUUUGGGAGGGUCAUCAACCUAUUACACCAAUUCAAGCUGCACCACAAUCCCUGAUAGCAAAAACUGUUUCAAGCAAGGGAGAAUGGACAGUGAUUUUCUCAAUUGGAAAUGGAAGCCUGAGCAAUGUGAUCUUCCAAGGUUCCACGCCAGAACCUUCCUCCACAUGGUUCGUGCCAAGAAAAUGGCUUUCAUUGGAGAUUCUGUGGCCAGAAACCAUGUGGAUUCCCUCCUCUGCCUCUUGUCACAGGAUGAAAUUCCAAAGGACGUUUACAAGGACUCAGAAGACAGGUUUCGCAAAUGGUAUUUCCCCAUCCACGAUUUCACUCUCACGAUGCUGUGGAGCAGGUUUCUCAUAGUAGGCGAGGAGAGAAUGGUAAACGGCACAGGCACUAGCAUUUUCGACAUGCACCUCGACAAGGUCGACAAUGAUUGGGCCAAAGAACUUCCCAACCUAGACUACGCAAUAAUCUCAGCGGGACACUGGUUUUUCCGAGUAAUGCACCUCCAUGAAGCAGGAAAACAAGUAGGUUGUGUCUAUUGCAACGAAGAAAACAUCACAAGCUACAAUCCAGACUUCACCAUAAGGAAAGCAUUCAGAACAGCCUUCAGACACAUCAAUGCAUGCAAGGAAUGUGGGAGAAAAAAAAUGGUGACAGUGUUGAGGACUUUUGCACCAGCACACUUUGAGGAUGGAGUAUGGAACACUGGAGGGUAUUGCAAUAGAACAGGUCCUGUGAGUGAGAGUGAGGUUGAUUUUGGAAAGUUUGAUUGGGAAGUGAGGGGUAUUCAGAUGGAGGAGUUUGAGAGAGCAAGGAGAGAAGGCACUAUGGAAAAAUUAGGGCAUAAUAAUAAUAAUAAUAAUAAUAGGUUUGAGAUGGUGGAUGUUGCUAGGGCUAUGUUGAUGAGGCCAGAUGGACACCCUGGGGAGCAUUGGGGGAAUAAGUGGAUGAAGGGUUAUAAUGAUUGUACUCAUUGGUGCCUUCCUGGUCCUGUUGAUGUGUGGAGUGAGUUGUUGCUUGCUGUGCUCAAAAGAGAGGCUGGGAUGGUGGUGGCAUGACUUUUGAACUUAAUUGAUUAGGGUUAAACAUUAUUAUUAUUUACAUGAAGAUAAAUAAAUAGAUACAUUUAUAUGUAA